AUGGACAAACACCAGGGCGGUAGCUUCAGUACGCCAUUAAGGAAACAACAACCUGAGUAUUCACGGAAAACAGGUUCUUUUUCUUUGUCCAAAAACAUCCCCCAGAGUUCACAGCAGACCUUCGAACUCCACGCCCAUCACAACGGCAAUCAACGCGAAAGCUUUAAUAAAGAGAAUGCGAACUCAGAAUUUGAUUGCAAAGAUCAAGUUUCAAACGAUUCUCGGCGGAAAAGAGCGCGCGUUGGGAGCCCGGAGCCACCAGCGAAUGCAGAAAUGAACUCAUCACCCGCCGUGAUUGAGAUGAUAGACCGUCACUCACAAGGUUCAGAUCUGAACCCUUCUGAGGAAUCUAUGAACGAAAUACGGGAUGAGAUAUCGGCAUCGCUGAACGGGGCCGCAAGGGAUAUCUUACACAGUGAAACCUCCGUCCAUGAAAAUGGCAACCAAACAUCAGUCCUCCGUAAUCUACUGUCACCGGCCAAGCGAAUUUCCCCGGAAAAGAGCCAAUUUUCCCCAAGAGGCUCAGGUAAUCCUGAGAUGUCCAACUUGGAUAGUUUAACUCCACUUAAAAGCUACUUCCAUGGCUCUGAACAGGGCAUAACCCAGGCAUUACAAAGUCGCUUUCGUCGAGAGCUUAAGAAGUACGAGCAUCAUUUACGCGCUAAAGAUGAACAGACUGAUGAAUACAGGCGCCAAGUUUUAACCUGUUACGAGAAGAUCAAAAGCUUAGGUGAAAAUCUCGACGAGCAACGACUUGCAUUUUCUGCCCUUUGGGCAGAUCAUGAAGUAUUGAAAGCGUCAAAUUCUGCUCGAGAGCCCAUAUGGGAACGGCAAGCGCUUGAAUUAGAGAGCGUGUCUGCUGACAGAACAAAAUUGGAAGAAAAAAUAUCCAAACUCAAAGUGAAGCUUUCUGAGGUCCGCAAUGAGAUCAACAUGUUGAACCAGAACUCCCAAAUAUUACAAGAAAAAUUCCAUAUACAAAUCAAUGACAAUGAAGCGUUAAAGAAGCAGCUUGCCACACGAGCGAGCAUGGAACAGAAAUUAGAAUCCAAUUUAGAACGCCUCAAGCAGGAUAAAGACCAGCUAAGUCGCGAGAAAGACCGGCUCGAGAUUGAAGUCAUAAAUUGUAAGAACAUUAUCUCCAGUAGUGAAUCAGAGAGUCGAGCUCAGGCGGAUAGGAUAGCUAGGCUGGAAUCUCAGCUCGCUGAAAGAGAUGACGUUUGCAAGGAAUUGCAGGAGACAAUCAAUUCCUUCGAAGAUAUCAAAAAGCAGUCUACGACUGAUCUUGAAAACCGUGUUUCGGGGUUACUUGCCAACAUCAAGCAACUUAAGGGUCAACUGGCCGCUACCGAUGCUCUUAAGACGACUAUCGACGAAUCUAAUGCCAAAUUGAAAACUUCAGAAAUGAGCUUAGCUGCGGCACACAAGAGGAUAGAGGGGCUACAAGAACAGCACGCGGAAGUGGAAAGGUAUGCCUCAACUUUGGAGAGCCAGCUCAAGGAGAGCGCAUCGACCCUGGAGACUAUUAACGAUCAAAUGGCUAUUAAGUCCGCUGAGGUGGAGGAGCUGGGCCACGAUGUGGAAGAAUUACGACAAAACAAGGCUCACUUAGAGGAAUUUGUCAAGGUACGUGAUACUGCUGUAGAAAAUUGGAAAACAAAAUACGACAGUAAAUGCGUUGAGAAUAACAAACUUUCAAUAGAGGUCGAGAGUAUCCAAUUCAGAAAUGGGAACCUCGAAUCCGAACACUUGGUGGAACUCGAACAUCUGCACCAGCAAAUGACUUCACUUCAAGACACGCUUCGAUCAAACUCGGAGCAGAUCAAAAAGUUGGAAGUUGACAACCAAGGCCUGCGAGACGCUGCAGCCAAAGCUAUGUCACAGGAGAAUAAAUCAGACUUGGCCGCAACUCACGACUUGGAGGCCCAAGUUUCUAGUCUGAGACAACACAUUCGCGAGAAAGAGGCCGACGCAAGCAAGAGGCUACAACUGCUAGCUGAAGAUCUCUACAUACAGUACUCCUCCAAGCACGAGCAAAAAGUUAAGAUGCUGAAGAAAGGAUAUGAGGCCAAAUACAAAGAUAAAAUUGAAAAGUUAGACCUUGAGAAAACAGGUUUGCAAGAUGAGUUAGAUCAAUUGAAUAAAUCGCUGCAAGCUGAACGCGAAGAAAAACAUCUUCUGGUUAAGCGGUUGUAUAAAUAG